AUGUCGAGCAAGUCUUGGUACGCUCUCAAGUCCAAGUCCGCGCACACGCGGUACGGCUUGUCCAAGAAUAUUCAGACACUUCUGCACGGCUUGGAUAGGUAUCAUGAGGGCAUCAUCGACGCGAGGGAGCUUGGGAGCAUGGUCCGUCUGAGCCCUAAACGGCGAGAAUCGGUGGCCACCACCAUUUCUAAAUGCGCCAACAUGAUCAAGAAGGAACCUGAAGAGCUGAAAACAUGCCUCGACAUUAUUGAAAUGUGCACCGAGAUUCUUGAGAUCGCCGACCGACCACCACCAAUCGACGGAUUCCCCUUUAUGAAGCUGCCGCCCGAGAUUCGAGAAGCUAUCAUCGACUUGAUGGUCGACACAGUCUUCAAGUCUAAGGGAAUCAGACCGGCCACCAAACGAGUGUCCUGCAAUUGCCCGAGGCUCGAGCGAGAAAACAGUUCCUUCCAGAGUACGCAGAUGAAAGCGCUACCAUCUCUUCUCGGCCCUGCUCUAAGCAACGAGUUCUUCCGUAUCUUCCUUCGCAAGAAGUCGGUCCGUUUCCGCUGCUGCUGCGAGCUCGAACACCACCUCACCCACAACCCCAUGCUUGUCAAGAACGUCCGAGAUAUCAAAGUUCACUGGUGCGGGCCAAGGUCUGCGACAAGCUUCAAGAAGCUGGUCGAAUGCGAUAAACUUGACAGUUUGACCAUCAAUAUUUCCAAAUCGACAUUGGCACAUCUCAGCAAACGUUCCAACCUGAUGAAGACCUACUUCCCCCUGUCCUACCGACAUACCAGAAUUACCGACGUUCUUGGGUUGGAUGAACUGUUGACUCUCCGAGGUCUCAAUGAGGUGGCCGUGGUCCAUCUUCAGUCAAAGACGACCAACCUCGCCCAGGAGACGGACAGAGCUAGUCUUGCGGAACUUUUGGCGAGCCAACUCAAGCAAGACAAGGGGUACGAUCCUUUUGAGGACAUGUAA